AUGAACAGCAGCGCUUCAGAGGACGAUGGUCCUAACAAAACAUCAAGUACACCUUCAGAAUCUCGGCAACUUGACCGGGUAGAGAGAGAGGUCUUGAAAGAGGCAAAUGAGUUGCUAGAGUCUUUGGAACAUACUCACAGAGGUGAUUUGGCGCUGCACCUUUAUUCAACACAUUUGCUAAAAUCAGUUUUGAAAGCAGCAAACAGGAAGAAGUUCGCGCUUGAAACCAACACAUUUAUCAAGACACAGAUCAAGGACAACUGGACGAGUUGGCCGAAUCCUAGCACAGUUAUUGAUCCACGAACUAAUUCGCUUUUCGAAGAUGACGUUAUGCACCAAGGGGCCUCUAGGAGCUUGGAAACAGGUGAAAUCUCGCCUGCUGGUUUAGAGCAUGCCUCCAGCAUGGUCCGCGCGGAGCUAAAUGCCGUAUGGCAACGUUCUCUUGCAGCUAUGUCUUCAAACGCUGGAAUUACCUUAGACGUGGACAAAAUGGACGUUCCCCCAGCAAUAGCUCAUUCGAUUAUGGACAAAAUGGACCUUUUCUUCAAAGGUCUACAUACUACCGUAGCCGCGCCCAACAAGCUGAAGCUAUCUCAACUGGCCAACUCUAGCCAGCUGCAGAUCUCAGAGGCCCAGAAAACCAGAGACCCUGUCUCCAUGAAUCGCAAAAUCAAGCUCGACUACAGAGAUAUUAUUAUUCGUGGAUGUCAAAUGCAGGAAGAUAUGUAUGAGAUUUACAUGAAGUCAUUAGAGCUGUAUCGUGAUAUCCCAUCAAAAUACAGGAAGGAAGAGUUUAAGCUGCCGAAGCGGGAACUACGGAAGUAUAGCUCGAGAAGCCGGCGAGUAACAGAGGGAUCCUUGAUACGGAAACACGAUUCGAGAGCCGGAUUUGUGAAUGCAGGGAAGCUGUUAAAGCAGAGCGGUCUUGAUUUUGAAACCAGAACCAAGUUAAGGCUACUACUGCAGAAGGAAGCAGACCGCUCUAAAGACCGUAAGACAUUUCUAUGGGUCAAAGGGUAUCGUAAAGAGCAGGAUGAAGAAAGCGGCAAGGAUCAAGAUUAUUCUGUGGACGACUUAUAUGUUCCUUUGAGACGCAGUGUGUCACGCGAAGUUCGCAAAAGCUUCGGCGAAAACGAGGUCUAG